AAUGCCACGACUUAGAAGAAGCUACAAAAAAAUUAGAUGAAUUAAAAAAUAUUGUUUUUCCUAAUAAAAGUUGUGAUUUUACUGAAUUGAAAGACGAAAUUGCUAGAUUAAAAAUUAGGGAGUUAGCACCUCAACUUCAAAGCCAAAAAGAGCAGAUAGAAAAGUUAAUUACAGACUCUAAAAAGCAAAUUAGCGAAGAAUCAAAAACAGUUUUAGAUUUUUAUUUAACAACUUUAAAGCAGGAAGAAAAAACCAAUUCUUAUAGCUAUGAGAGAAAUUCAUUAAAAGAUGGUAAAUUGGCUGCUUACGAGGACAUUUUAAAAACUAAAUUAACUAGCGAGGAUGUUCAGCAAAUUAGACAGUUGCAGGAAAGGAUUAACCAAGACCAAAAGCAUUUAGAUAGUUUACAAAAAACCGAAAAGCAAGAAGCCAAGGUUCAGCAAACAGAA